AUGGAACCGACGACGUGGAACCAAGACACCGCGCUAGAAUGGCAUCACACAUACACAGAAUGGACAUAUCUACAUGGCAGCCAAUUCCAGAGUGUUACGGAACUCGCUGAUCACCUUCGGCGGCUCAAUUCGCGCUUCGCCCAGCUACAGAGAGGUUCACGUAUGACUAAUGCUCAGAUGAACAGCCGUUUCCUGACACUGUGUGGCCAAAUGGGUCACGAGGAGAUGGUUCGGGAUUUGUCCCUCAAACAAAGCAAAUAUAUGUUCUCCGGAGAUGAGAGGUCUUGGACGUCUUUUGACGAAGUCGUGGCUCGAUUCAUCAGCUUUGAGUCGUGGCAGCGUGGAGAGCGCAACGGCGCCACCAGGCAGCAGAGCAAUGAGCAGCGGCCUCCACGAGGUGCUUCCCUUGAGCAGCAAAUGAAUAAUGUCACCCUCAACGGCCAAUCCCAACGACAGCAGCCAUCGCCUUCGUGGGAACAGUCAGCACCCGCGUAUACGAAUGACAACUCCUCGGACUACUAUCGGGACGAGAAGCCACCCAUUCCUGAAGUUCGAAAACAGCCCGAAGUGCAGAAGCGACCUUUGCAGCGAUCCGGCACACAGCGAGCCUUUGAUUUCAUGGCUAGGCAGUCUCAGAUGCCUCAGGUUCCUGUUCAGUCAGUGCAUGACCCAAUGCCAGAUCCUGAUGACCUCGCACCACCUCCUUCAUUGUUGUCGCCGAGGGAGAUCAAGGACAAGCGCAGCAGUCGGAAGUCUAUGAGAUACGACACCGAAGAAUUCAUGUCGUGA